GGAAAAGAAGAGGAGGAAGAUGGAUUGGAGGAUAAUGGGUUUGGAUUCAUCAAUGCUGUCUGCCCUCCAUGACAUGAUCGACAUGUGCGAGGAGCCGAAGACGCAGCACCCAUCGAGAGCCUACGUGCGCGACCACAAAGCCAUGAACGCGACGCAAGCAGACGUGAAAGAGUACCCAAACUCGUACGUCUUCCUGGUGGACAUGCCGGGUCUGAAGCCGGACCAGAUCAAGGUCCAGAUCGAGGAACCCAACAUGCUGGUGGUGUUUGGAGAGAGGAAGCAUGAGAAGGAAAAGGACGAGAAAGAGGGCGUGAAGUUCCUGAGAAUGGAGAGGCGACUUGGGAAGUUCCUCAAGACCUUUAUGCUGCCGGAGAAUGCAAAUCCCGAAGCCAUAUCGGCUGUUUAUCAGGACGGCGUGCUCACUGUGACUGUUGAGAAGAAGCCACUGCCAGAGCCGAAGAAAGCCAAGAGCAUUGAGGUCAAAGUUGGUGGAUAAGUUAUGUGGGUUACAAGGGUUUAUAUAUAAAAUAUAUGAUAUGGUAUGGUAAUAUAAGUGUAUGAGGGUGACCAUGUCGAAGUUUCUCUAGUUGAGAACUUGGCUGUGUGCUCCCUUUCUGUCUGGCUUUGUUUCAAGUGAUCCCUGGAUAUGGUGGAUCUGGUCUCCAUGUAAAUUAAUGUGGAAAAUAGUGAAUAAAUGAGUUUUA